AGCAAGCUAGCUGGGAAGCUCCCAGUUCUAAAGAGAGGCUGUUUACCAGAAGAGCAUAACAAGGGCAGGUCUGGCUGCAAGGCUGAGCCUGGAAGGCAAAGCUGCUGCCAAAGAGGACCCCAGGUGGAUACUGGUUGUUCAAUCACCUGCAGGACCGAGGAGGAGAGGAUGGUGUUGGUCUGGGUGCAGACACUGCUUCUCAGCAACAUGCUCCUAGCAGAAGCCUUUGGAUCUGGAGGCUGCUUCUGGGACAACGGACACCUGUACCGGGUAGACCAGCCCUCGCCCGCGCCGGGCCUUCUCUGCCUCAACUGGCUGGACGCGCAUGGUGGACCGGCGGCCUCUGCCCUCGAGUUGGGCGCCGGCAACCACAACUACUGCCGGAAUCCCGACCGCGACCCGCGCGGGCCUUGGUGCUACGUGAGCGGCGAUGGCGGCCAGCCUGAGAAGGUGCCUUGUCAGGACGCGCGCUGCCCAGCUCCAGAGACCACUUCCCAGGAACCCCCAGCCUCUACCCCGGAGCCUGAGGACAGGACUGAAGUGCCACAUGGCGAUGAGGCGCAGGUGUUUGCUCCUGCCAACACCCUGCCUGCCCGGAGCGAGGCAGCGGCUGUGCAGCCAGUGAUUGGGAUCAGCCAGCGGGUGCACUCCAAGGACAAAAAGGACCUGGGAACUCUGGGCUAUGUGCUGGGUAUUACCAUGAUGGUAAUCAUCAUCGCCAUUGGAGCUGGUAUUGUCUUGGGCUACACCUACAAGAGGGGGAAGGACUUGAAAGAGCAGCAUGAGCAGAAAGUAUGUGAGAGGGAGAUGCAGCGAAUCACUCUGCCCUUGUCUGCCUUUACCAACCCUACCUGUGAGAUCAUGGACGAGAGGACUGUCGUCGUCCACAGCAACCAGACUCCUGUCGACCUUCAGGAGGGCAGCACACCCCUCAUGGGCCAGGCUGGCACCCCUGGGGCCUGAGCUUCAGUGGGCAGGAGCCCAUGCAAAACUGGUGCAGGACAGCCCACCUUCCUUGGAGGACCUACAUUUUGUUUUGUGGUUAACCCUCCUCCUUCCUUUUUUGGUAAAUCUUCAUGAAAGAAGUAGGCAGAAUGGUGGGCUGAGGGCUAGAUAGGAUCCUGUCAAUGCUCCUUGUCCAUCCCUGGGAGCAGGAUUUUGCCUGUGGAUGGAGGAAAUGGCACAGCUCCCACAGUGGUGUUGCUGAUAAGAUCUUCCAAAUAUCACUUGUGUUCCUGGAACCUGACCAGGGAUAGACAGGGAGCGUCCCCAAGGCUCUUCUGUGCUUUAUUAAGGUGGCCUCAGCCUAUGCCUUUCCAUUUGUUCUCCAUGAGCUUGAGUGGCAUAUACUGUUAAUCAUAGUUAAGGUCAAGCAGGUCAAAAGAUGGCACUGAAAAAAAUGUGUAGUUUUUAAGUAUUAGGGAUGGAACCUCCCUACUGACCUCUCAGAACCAGCAGUGAGUCUGUAUAAGUCAGAGGUUUGGGCAGAGAAUGGGAUCCGGACUAAGGUCUGCUGGGUGUGCUUGUUUGUUGGCAGUGAUGUGCCUUGACAACCAUGGGCUGGACCUGGGCCCAGGGCCUCUUCCUGUUUUGUUGGGAAAGGAAGGGAAGAAUUGCACUAAACAUUCCAUUUAGGAAGAGGGUAGAGAAGGAUCUACCCUUGCCUUAUGCCUCAGGGACAGAGGUGGACCUGGGGUGCCCCAGACCAUCUCUCUUCUGGGGUGGGUGGUGACCUCUCCAUUUUGCACAGUUAAAGAGAGGAACCAGUUAACCCAUGGGAUUUGUACACUAUAGGGCUCAUUGAGUUGAUUCUAGGAUAGUUUGCAUACCGAGCUCAGAGGCAAGAUAAUAAAAGCACUUCAGGCUUGCUUCUGCAGUGUACCCUAUUUGCAAGGGGCCGUAUGGUUUCCAGGCCAGCAUCUUCCUAUGGGGAAUUGGGGUCACAACCCCUAACUUACAAAACAAUCACAGAACCAAUGGAAAGGACUUUAAGGUUCUUCAAAACUUUUGGACACAGGAACCCAGAGGUAAAAUGACUUGUCCAGUGUCACAGAACAAGCUAGUGACAUGGCCAGUAGGAGAGCCCUCAGCUUCCGGACUGAACAGCUCUUUAUCCACAGCACUUGAAGCUCAGUGGG